CUUGUAUAUCCCACCUCGACAGAUAAAUCGCUAAUACACUUGUUCGAUGUAACUAUCUACACAUCAGGGACUAUGAGACUUGUUUCUACAUCGUUUACACCUGAUCAAAGAAGACUAUUAUAUUAAGGAAUUUUUUUUCGGAUGACGGAGCGGUGACAGUUACUGUGGAGCAGAAUAACACUUUUUUCCUGUGAACAUUGGGAUACUUUAUUCACUCAAUUAUUUAUAUUUACAUCGCCACCAUGAAAACUUCAAAUUUACAUAUUUAUGUGACAUUACUAGCGGGUAUUUUACUUCAGUACUUGAGCCGAUGGGUUCAUUCGGCUAGCCUUCCACCCGUACCCCCUACAUCGCAUCAUCAACCUGCGUCCCUACACACACUACUAGUCUCACUCUCAGACUCAGUGCCUCCUACAAAUAUUACAGGUACUGAUGAUGUACGGGAAACAGAUGAAAAUGAUAAUGGUGCCUUGCAUAGAACAAAGAGAAGUCGUACGAGGUGUCGACGACAAACAACCGAUGCUCUGCAAGCAAUGUUACAAGCAGCAGGAGCUAACACACUCUAUAUGGAUAACAGUCCUCUCAAUUUCCCAAAUUUACUUUAUAUUGCUUCAAACAAAACAUCGAAAAGCAGCCGGAGAUUAAGAAAGAGAGAAGUUGAAGCCGUUUUACAAGAUGGUUAUCACCCAGAUAUACCACAAGAACUUCAGGAACAAUUGCAGAACUCUUACAUCACACCACAACAAAGAAGAUCAUCUAGAUCAAUACGAAACCCAGUAGGUGAGAGUACUAUUGGAUAUUGUGAAACCAUGGGCGAGGCGAACGAUGACGGGUUUCUUCGUCUUUGCGGAGCAUGCAUGAUGACAACAGAACUAGAAGAUAAUUAUUUCCCUCGCUAUCUCAACGAGGUCGUUUGUGACCCCCAGGCGACAGUGGGCUGUCUACGAGGUACUGGGAGAUGCGCGGAUCGAACGUUUGAACUGAGCAUGCUCAGAAGAACGGGGGAGUGCGCGCCGCAAACGAGCGACACGGGCGGAAGGCAUUACGUAGAGCAUUGGGAAGUUGUUACGAGAAGUGUGCGCGUGGGAUGUGAGUGUGAGUUAAAUCCACAAUCACACUUAGCAGCAGCACUGAUUGGAUCGUAACCUAUGGAUUCAUACCUACAUACUUCAUCAUGAUGCCCGCCAUUUUGUUUUGAAAGCAUUCCAGUUUAUUUUUGAUACUCUUCACCGUUAUUUAUAAUAAAAAAUAAAUAGAAAGACUGAUGUAUAUAAUGAUAAUGACAGAUGAAAUGUUAUUUAAAAAAUGCUUGUUAUACAUGUAUGAGAAACAGCAAUGAAUAGUAUUGAUGUCAAAUAUUAUGCAGAGAAUGAGAGUUAAAAAAAAUAGCAAACACACGACUUAUGCACGUAGUAUGGUUAUAGGGAUAAGUAAAACAAACUAGUCGCAUUUUGCCUUUAUGUGUCAACAUAUCUGAAUAUGUAAACGGGUGUAAAAGCACCAUUUAACAAGUCAGGUUGUCUGUUUUCUUGCCAAAAUAGUUCAUAAAGGGAUCAACAAAAGAAGCCUAAACAUACAAUGAUUCAUAUCAAAUAGCCUUUUUACAAUGCACAAUAUUUAUGUGACCAACUCAACUGAAACAAAACUACCCUCGUAUUCCUUUUUUUGCUUUCAUCCUCUCACAUUUGAGUUGAUAUUUUUAAUUUGUCUUGUUAAGAUGACAAUAAACUCAUUUUCGUUUGAUUUAAUUUGAUUUGAUUUAAUUUGAUUAAUUUUUUUCUGUUUGAUUUUCUAGUUUAGUAUCAUCCUGACGUUUUGUUAUUAAGGGAAUCGUUCUAUGCAGUCCUAACAUGAAAACCUAAACACUCGUUGGGUAUACAGGUGUUUUUGACUGACCUGAGACUAUUCAAGUAACCAAGUACUUCCGUUCACAUGGCGGAAGGUCUGUUGAGGUCACAGUCGUAGCCAAUAUUGGAUAGAAUAUUCACUGUCCAGAGGGCCAUCGUUUAACAUUAUAUGAAUUAAAUUUCAUUAAAUUCAUAACAAGUAACUCAUGUAGCAGGGUUCUUUUCAUGACGUCUGAGAGGAAAUUGAUCUAUUUAAUUCAAGGUUUCUAGUGGUUUUGAUAUCAAUGCUAAAUGAUAUGAAAGUCUUGUCUUUCAUCUUUGCCAGUGUACCGUGUAGUUAUUUCGAGAGCUAAUUCUUCGAAUGAAUCAGAAUCAGGAAGAUGAUGUCUGAUUGUAACUUUAUGAUUAUUGCCUUUUAAAAUGGUAUAGUUUUCCUCAGCUUCGCUUUCAAAAUACAAGUAGUCAGCUAUUUCCGAACUUCAUGUUUAUGUCAAUGUCAUUAUGCAUUAUUUAUUUCUAUUAUAACUAUUACCGUGGUGUAUUCGAUAUUGAUAAGAUCACGAUGCAGUUCUCUUUUUUUUAUUGCUAUUUAUUUUGUUUACUAUUGUACUGACCAUUAAUUACUUUUCGUUAUCAUUUCAAUUAUCAUUUCGUUUGAUUUGUUUUGAUUUGAUUUGAUUUAUUUUUUUCUGUUUGAUUUUCUAGUGUAGUAUCAUCCUGACGUUUUCAUCAUCGUCGCCGUCGUCUUCUUUUUCUCUUUUCUUCUUCUUCUUUGUCGCAUUUUUCUUCAAUCUUCUUUUUUCUUCUUCUUUUGCUUUCUCUUCUUCUUCUUCCUCAUCAAUAUCGUAUGAUAUCGACAUAGCAACAUGUUGGCCCAAAAAUUAUUGUUAUCAUGUAUAUCUAUCAUACCAACAUUAACCUAGUCGUUCACAUGGUAACCGUGGUUGUAAUUAAUGACUUCACUUUCAAUAAUAUACCGAUAAAAUAUAAUUUAUAUAUAAUCUAAUGAUUAAAUAGAUUAUUGGCAUUUUUAGAUGGUAAAUCAAGUAAAUCAUGGUACAAUUUCAUUCAUCGUGGAACUCAUGCAGCAUUGAUCAACGUAGUUCCAAUGGUGUGGAAUACUGACUCCAUUUAUAUGAUCAACCAUUCAUUCCGUUCUGAGUGUGUAUUUGCAAUGUUAUUAUGGUACCACAAUUAGAUUAUCAGUUUAGCAUCAUAUCCCACAUAAUUAAACGGCAGGUCAUAUAAUAAAUCGAUACCACAGGUACUAAAGUAGAUUCAUACAGAAUAUGAUUCUUACAUAAAUCAGAUUGGAAUUUCGUCCUCAUAGUUACAGCAAACGGUCACAAUGCACUUUAUACAUUAAAAUGUAUUUAAAUGCUCAUCAACGGGUAAUCUUAGUUUUAUUAUGAUAAUGGGACUAUAAUGAUAAAAUAUUGGGUUAUUAUCAAAGAAAGGCAUUUUAUCAUUCUAAGAAUCUUUCUAGAAAAAGGUAUUUAGACCAUGGUCCAACUUCGCAAUUUUACUUACCUCGCGAUUUGACGAUUGGUGUUGCUCUGCAACUGCCCCAUUUUGCCAUAAAAAACGCAACUUCCACUGUAAUAUCGUGAUUUUUAGUAACAAUCGCAAUGUUUGGACUUGAGGACGCCCCACUCGAGAUGCAGCAUGUUAUCUCAACUAACCGACUUACAAAAUUGUCACGAGCUGGAUUUAUCGCUAAUCGAUUAUAAGAUACUGAUUUUUUUUUUUUGUACAGUGAUGCGCUAGCUUUCCUUUUAUUGUCCAUGUAUGACCAUUUAUGAAGUAGAAAGUCAAAGUCACUGCAUAUUCAUGAUUUACGUUAUGUAUACUCUCAUACGCUGUUUUAUGGGAGGCUGUGUAUUCAUUGUUGUUCGUGCUACCAUGGUUACCGAUGUUGUAUUCAGGUCAUUGCUUAAUAACACCUUUUAUCGGAUAAAACAGGGAAUAUUUCACUAUUUCAGUUCAAACUGCAUCGGUAUGAAUGUCGCUAUUUAUUCUGAACCUUUUCGCGACAGGUUUCGUAAUGUACAUUGUAUUCGUAUUUAUGUAUGCCCAUCACACUAUUUAUUUAUUGAUUGUACAUUUUAUAGUGCAAGCAACAUUUUCUUGCCAAGACAAACAAAUUAUUUAUUGAACACGUUAUAGUAUGUGCCGGAGCGUAUUUAAUGUUCCUGCUUCCACGUACUCGAGUAAGAAAGGUGGAGGGAGAGAGAAAAAUUUAACUUAUUGAAAUAAAAAGGACAAAUGGUAAAAAAAA